AUGGCUGAUGCUUUCACCUCCGCACUAGUUGAUCAGUAUGUUUCAGGUGCCCUUCUAAAGAUUGAUGAAAAUGUGGGCUUGGUCCAGAAUGUAAAGAAAGAUGUCAAAAAGCUCAAAAAGAGUCUGAAAUACAUCCAAGAUUUGUUGGUGGAAGCUAGGACAAGACAACUCGACUCUCAGUGGUUGAAACAAUGGCUAAGUGAUCUCGAAGACAUAUCGUUUGACAUGGACAACGUGUUGGAUGAGUGGAACUCUGCAAUUCUAAAGUUGGAAAUUGAGAAAUUAUAUGGAGGAGGAAAGGUUGGUGAAGAUGGUGAUGAGAGUAAUGGUCCUUUUCGAGCAAAGCAGGUAUGCUUUCCAGUGCCCUCUUCUUGGUAUUGUUUCAAACAAGUUAAUCAAGUGAUUAGGCACUGUGAUUUCGCUAAAAGAAUUAGAAAAUUGAACAAUGAGCUAGAUUCUAUUAAGAAAGAUGGCCAUGAUCAUGGCAUAGUCAUGGGAGCUAUUUUUCAACAACAAUAUAUUCCUAGUUCCAUGGUCAAAUCAAGAAUCACUACUAUUUCUAUGGUUGAAGAAAAUGAAAUACACGGUCGAGACGAUGAUAAGGAAAUUUUAGUGAAUAAGUUGUUAUCUGAUAGUACUCAAAAGGGUAAUAGAGGGCUUGAUAUAAUUCCUAUUGUAGGAAUGGGAGGACUUGGAAAACCCACUCUUGCCCAGUUAGUUUAUAAUGAUGAUAGAGUUAAGGCUCACUUUGAUAAGCGAAUUUGGGUGUGUGUCUCAGAUCCUUUUGAUCAAAAAAAAGUUGCCAAGGCAAUUGUUGAUGGCCUAGGAGGAAAUGCCCAAAAUUAUGAUGAGCUAGAGAGUUUGGUGCAAUGCAUUAGUAAUUCUAUAAAAGGAAUGAAGUUCCUUCUUGUCUUAGAUGAUCUAUAG